AUGACGAUGCGGACCACUGCAGCCAGCUCGGCGCAGGUCGCUUCGCGCAUCAUGGCGGCACGCACGCGUCGCUCGAUCGACCAGCGCCGGGCCCUGUCCAACAAGGUGCCGCUUGAUUCGAACUGGCAGACGCUCACAUGGAAGACGCUCGAGGGCAUUGAUGUCAAGCCCCUUUACACAAAGGAGGACACGGCCAAUAUCGAGAAGGAGGUGCCCGGCGUCUAUCCAUUCACGCGCGGGCCCUAUGCGACGAUGUACACAUACCGGCCCUGGACUAUCCGCCAGUACGCCGGAUUCAGUACGGUCGAGGAGAGUAACCGCUUCUACAAGGCCAAUCUGGCAGCCGGCCAGCAGGGGCUGUCUGUGGCGUUUGAUUUGGCCACGCACCGCGGCUACGACUCUGACCACCCGCGAGUUGUUGGCGAUGUUGGCAUGGCCGGUGUAGCCAUCGACUCGGUCGAGGACAUGAAGAUUCUGUUUGACGGCAUCUCGCUCAAGGACGUCUCGGUGUCGAUGACCAUGAACGGUGCGGUGCUGCCGAUCCUGGCCAUGUACGUUGUGGCAGCCGAGGAGCAGGGCACGCCGUACGACCAGAUGCGUGGUACAAUCCAGAACGACAUCCUGAAGGAGUUCAUGGUGCGCAAUACGUUCAUCUACCCGCCCGACACGUCGAUGCGCAUCAUCGGCGACAUCUUUGCGUUCACAGCCCAGAAGAUGCCAAAGUACAACUCGAUCUCGAUCUCUGGCUACCACAUGCAGGAGGCUGGUGCCAACAGUGUGCUCGAGUGCGCCUUCACCAUUGCCGACGGAAUCGAAUACAUCCGCACAGGCAUAAAGGCCGGCAUGACUGUUGAUCAGUUCGCCCCGCGCCUGUCGUUCUUCUGGUGCAUGCGCGCUGCGCGGCGGCUGUGGGCGCACAUGCUCAAGGAGAAGUUCGAUCCCAAGAACCCCAAGUCGAUGAUGCUGCGCACGCACUCGCAGACAUCGGGCUGGUCGCUGACCGAGCAGGAUCCGUACAACAAUGUGAUCCGCACUACCGUUGAGGCCAUGGCUGCCACGCUUGGCGGCACUCCAGCCAUCGGUUUGCCGACAAAGUUCAGCGCCCGCAUUGCCCGCAACACCCAGAUCAUCCUGCAGGAGGAGGCGUACAUCCCGCGCGUGGCCGACCCGUGGGCCGGCUCGUACAUGAUGGAGUCGCUGACUAACGACAUCUACGAGAAGGCCAAGGAGAUCAUCCACGAGGCCAUUGCAUCGGGCAUGCCCAAGAUGCGCAUCGAGGAGAGCGCUGCCAUGCGCCAGGCCCAGAUCGACUCGGGCCAGAUCACCAUCGUCGGCGUCAACAAGUACCGUGUCGCCGAGGAUGCCGAGGGCAACGAGAGUGGCAAGGUGCUGAAGGCCCAGAAGCGCCGCCUCGAGUCGGUCAACAAGUGUCUGGAGGCCAUCACCGAUGCCACGCGCUCGGGAGAGGGCAACCUGCUGGAGCUCGCCAUUGCCGCAGCCCGCGCGCGCUGCACUCCUGUGUGCGGCCGCUACAAGCCCGAAGUCAAGCUGGUCAGCGGCACCUACAUGCGCGAGUACAACAAGGCCGAGCUCAAGCCCGGACAGCGCGACCCGAUUGCCGAGACCGUCCAGAUGACCGAGAAGUUCUCUGAGCGCUGGGGUCGUCGCCCGCGUGUGCUGAUCGUCAAGAUGGGCCAGGACGGCCAUGACCGCGGCGCCAAGCUGUUCCAGACCCCCGCAGAGGCGGCCCGCCAGGCCGUUGAUGCCGAUGUGCACGUCGUUGGUGCCUCAUCGCUGGCCGCUGGCCACAAGACCCUGGUGCCCCAGCUGAUCGAGGAGCUGAAGAAGCUGGGUGCCGAGGAUAUUGUUGUUAUUGCUGGCGGUGUCAUCCCCCAGCAGGACUACCAGUAUCUCUUUGACAACGGCUGUGCUGCUGACAUGAUCACCAAGGUCGAGGCACGCCUUGUGCAAGCCGAAGCCCGCGGUUAA